CACGGGGGCACGCACAGCCAGCGCGUGCGUAUGCGUGGGAAAUGUUUCCUGUGCGUGUCUGGUAGAGGAGCUAAACACGAAAUCAAACCACCUUCCCUCACGCUUUUAAAACAGCCAUCCGUUUUAUUAAGUAACUGUAUUUCUGCCAUAACCGCGUGAGAGAAAAAGACGCCUGGAAUCAGCAUCGAAAAUAAAGAGGCCCAGGAUUGAUCAAAUCCAUCCAUCCCAGCAUGGACGGAGAUGGAGAUGGUCAGAGCCGCUGGUGUCUGUCCCAGGUCAAAGGUGCCGUUGAUGAUGACGUAGCUGAAGCUGACAUCAUCUCUGCGGUGGAGUUCAAUCAUUCCGGGGAGCUGUUGGCCACUGGAGACCGGGGUGGAAGAAUAGUCAUCUUCCAGCAAGAACAAGAGAGUAAGAACAUUCCGCAGUGUCGUGCGGAGUAUAACGUCUACAGCACAUUCCAGAGUCACGAGCCGGAGUUUGACUAUCUCAAGAGUUUGGAAAUUGAAGAGAAGAUCAAUAAGAUCCGCUGGCUUCCACAGAAGAAUGCUGCACACUUUCUGUUGUCAACAAAUGAUAAAACCAUCAAGCUUUGGAAGAUCAGCGAGAGAGACAAGAGACCUGAAGGUUAUAACCUGAAAGAAGAAGACGGCCGUUACCGACAUCCAUCUUCCCUGACGACACUACGGGUUCCGGUGUUUCAGCCUAUGAAUCUGAUGGUUGAAGCGAGUCCGCGGCGGGUGUACGCCAACGCUCACACGUACCACAUCAACUCCAUCUCGGUCAACAGUGACAACGAGACAUAUCUGUCUGCUGAUGAUCUCCGGAUCAAUCUGUGGCACCUGGACUUCACCGACCGAAGCUUCAACAUCGUGGAUAUCAAGCCAUCUAACAUGGAGGAGCUGACGGAAGUGAUCACAGCGUCAGAGUUUCAUCCGCUCCAGUGCAACACGUUUGUGUACGGCAGCAGUAAAGGCACAGUCCGGCUGUGCGACAUGAGAGCGUCUGCCCUGUGCGACCAACACUCUAAAUUGUUUGAAGAACCCGAGGACCCCAGCACACGGUCCUUCUUCUCCGAAAUCAUCUCGUCCAUCUCUGAUGUCAAGUUCAGUCACAGCGGGCGUUACAUGAUGACCAGAGACUAUCUGACCUUGAAGAUCUGGGACCUUCACAUGGAGAGCCAACCGGUGGAAACUUAUCAGGUUCAUGGUUUUCUCAGGAGUAAAUUGUGCUCGCUGUAUGAGAACGACUGUAUCUUUGAUAAGUUUGAAUGCUGCUGGAAGGGCGAUGACAGUGAGGUAAUGACAGGCUCCUACAACAACUUCUUCCGGAUGUUUAAUCGCGACGCCCAGCGGGACUUGACACUGGAGGCCUCCUGGGAAAACUGCUCCCCUGGCUACCCCCUCAAGACCUGGCGGGUGUGCGCGGGAAGCAGGCGUAAGAGGAACGAGAUCGGGGUGGACUGCCUGGACUUCAGCCGAAAGAUCCUCUACACCUCCUGGCAUCCUCAGGAUAAUGUUGUUGCCUUGGCAACAGUCAAUAACCUUUACAUAUUCCAGGAGAAACUGAAUCCGGAAUUUUAAACUGGUUAGUCUCCAGCUUCAGGAGACAAAUGGGAUUCGUUUCAAUCUUGUAUCCAUGCACAAACUCUCCUGAAACGCAUACAUAGUCUUACUGUUAUUAACCACUGUAGUCUGAGAAGAAAACGUUGGGUUGUGUUAAUUGAUGCACUGUAGACUGGAAGAAGGUUUUUUUAGUUGCAUUACUGUUUUCUUUUUUGCUUAUUUUGUUUGUCUUUUGGCACAUUGUUGAGCUGUCAUAUAGCUUUAAACAUAAAGUCAUCGUCAAAUUCAUCGCUCGUUUAAUCUGAAACAUGCAAACUGACCAGCACGUGACCUGCAGAAUCCAACUUAAUAAGUUUGCGUAAUCAUAACACUGAAUCAAUUCCUGUAGCAAGGUUUGUAAAAUUCCUCAUGCACUAAUCGCCCCUUUCUGAACUCAGGCCCGGUGUACCCAAAACGCUGUCUAAUGCCUGAACUCGUCCACAAGUGCAAUUGACUUGAAGCAGGGUUCCUAAACCGCUACAUCCUUUCUGAUGAAGUCCCUAAUGGGCAAACUAAUCGUGGCAUUAUUUUAUGCAAUAUCGUAGUGUUUGUGAAAUAGAGACUUGUUAAUUGGUCUCUUUCAUCGUUUUAUAGGGAGACACAAAUGUUUUGAGACUUAAGUAAAUGUUUGUGCAGAUGUGCAUGUUUUAUAAUGUCUUAUGAUUUUGGCAUCUUGUGUGUCAUUUUCUUUGCAGCCUUUUAAUACGGAGUGGUUCCUAUGAGGUGAAGAGAAUGCUCUAGAUAUUUUUAUAUGAAUUUUCAAAAUCUAAAUAUUCUCCUUAACAGUAUUUAGUGUAUUUUAUGCAGUCGUGUUACUGUCUACGAGCUGUUGAUAGGUGCAGAAUGAUUCUGUAUAAAUGGAGUGUUUACAUGGAUAUCAGACCUGCUGUAUAUGAACAAACCCUGAAGUAUGUUCCAUUUUAUCCUAAUAGUUGUAAAACCCAAAAAGUAAAAAAUAAAACUGAAUUUUAAGACUGUAAAAUUCCAUCUUGUUGGGAUC